CCAAACCAAGAAAAAAACAGAGACGACGUUUACAGCUCUUCUGAAUCCACUUGUCGCUGAAAUCAAGCAAGCGCCACCUCGCAGCAUAAACAUAUCAACAAUAUUUUGAGGCUAUGUGUUGAAACCUUGAGUUCUGUCCUCAGACAGCCAAACCUACCAUAUAGGUCAUGGGAUAAACUUUGCUUUUUAAUUCACAAUUAUUUGAAAGAGCAAAUACAUUUUCAAUAACUAUCAAACCUGGCAAAGUUUGAAUCUGGAGGUACUCGAAUUUGCAGAUAAGCGUCAACGAUUUCAUAAAACACCUCGACUGCUGUGGAAUUGCAGAUAGAUUUGGAUUUUCCUCAAGUCUGUGCAGGCAUCUUAUACCCACACAAGUUGAUAUUAUACAGUAUAUAUUUUCCUCUUCAUCAUGGAAGAGCAAUUUAUAUUAAGAGUGCCUACAUCUGUAGCCGAGCGAAUUGAUCAAGUUCUAAGUGAAAAUCCAAUUUCUUCAGACGACAGUUCCCUUGAUUUAUCCUUUUCUGAUGAUGGAAGAACUGGGACCUUUAUUGUUGGCAAUCAGAAGCUUUCUGUUUCCCUCUUGGAUCUUCCAUGCAUUUUGGAGUCCUAUAAAUCAUAUGAUGACAGUGUGCUCAUUAAAACUGCUGAUAUAAGCCAGAUGAUCAUGGUGAGUGAGGAGUGUAGCCCUGAACCAGAGGGCCCAGACUAUAGACAUGGUCUGACACCCCCAAUGCGAGAUGCUCGCAAGCGACGGUUUCGCAGAGAGCCAGAUCUUAAUCCAGAGAUAGUGCAAAGGGUUGAGAAGGAUCUGCUAAGCAUAAUGGCUGGAGGAACAGCGCAUAAUGUUGAUAUUGAGGUUGUUGAGCAGGAAGAAGAUGAAGAGGAUGAAAGGGAAGAAGAGGGUGAGAAAAUGGAUUGUCAGCCACCAGGAAAGGUAAACGUUCCAGAGGCUGAUAUGAAUGAUGUUGAGAUGAAUGAGGAAGCAGAAAAAUCAGAGAGUGACGGUUCAUUUGACACUAUGUGAGGAAUUAUCUGUUCUUGCCAAUUAAACAGCUGGAUUGACAUAUUUGGUUGAAGUGGGUUGAAAUUAGCAACUAUCAUUUUUACUCAAAUUGAGUCGGGAGGAUGUGAAUUCAGGCCAAGUCUAAAUCAACUAAUAUUUAAUUCUUGCAAAGUUGUUAUUAUUUGUUUUUGAAACUUGUAUGUUGCAAAAAUCACUGUUAAAAAAAGGAUCAGCUUAAAACUUGUAAUGUAAAUUCUGCAAUUGUUAUUGAAAUUGAAGAUGCUUAACAAAAUGCCUCUGUCAUUAUCCAUCAAUGGAGGUGGCAAAUAAUGUUCUCAGUAUUUUUCACUGGGUCAUGAAUGCUAUAAUGAAAGUUUUAGUCCAAAGUUGAAGUGCCAUAAUGUAAUUAUUUUCUAUUUCAAAAAACUGCAGAAGCAGUGCUUGCCUGAUGUGUCUCACUUAAAGUGCUGCCUUUGAUUACACUUUUGUAACAUGUAAUAAAUUCUGAAGAUC